UCAACACCGACCGACCAUAUUGCGUAGUUGUACAUUUUAAUUAAAAUCUCACUAUUUCAUGCGUCACACGCCAUUUUUCCUUCUCUUCUCACUAUAAAGACCAAUUCAAUUCCCAAUUCUGUUAGAUCGGUGAUUCUUCUACUUUUCUUACGGCUGUUUUGUUGAUUGUUUGAUUUGAUGGCGUUCUUUAGAAGCGUUUCCGCAUUUUCCAAACUUCGAUCUCGCGUGGGUCAACAACCUAGUCUCGCUAAUUCAGUUAGAUGGCUCCAAAUGCAAACCUCCACGAACACUGAUCUUUAUUCUGAGAUGAAGGAGCUAGUUCCAGAGUAUCAGGAACGUGUUAAGAAGCUGAAGAAAGAUCAUGCAAGUGUUGAAUUGGGAAAAACCACCCUUGAUAUGGUACUUGGUGGAAUGAGAGGAAUGACAGCUUUAGUGUGGUUAGGCUCAGCGGUUGACCCAGACGAGGGAAUUCGCUUUAGGGGCAUGACAAUUCCCGACUGCCAGAAAACACUUCCAGGUGCUUUUCCUGGUGGGGAGCCUUUGCCCGAGGCCAUACUGUGGCUUCUAUUGACAGGAAAGAUACCAAACAAAGAGCAAGUAGAUUCAUUAGCUCAAGAACUACGAAGACGUGCAAAAAUACCAGAAUAUGCUUACAAGGCAAUUGAUGCACUGCCUGUUUCUGCUCAUCCUAUGACACAAUUUAGUACUGGUGUAAUGGCCCUCCAGGUGGAAAGUGAAUUUCAGAAGGCAUACGAGGGUGGGAUCCAUAAGUCAAGGUACUGGGAGCCAACCUACGAGGAUAGCUUGAAUUUAAUUGCUCGUUUGCCUGGAAUUGCUGCUUAUAUUUAUAGACGGAUAUACAAGGAUGGAAAAAUCAUACCAUUGGAUGAUUCUUUAGAUUAUGGUGCAAACUAUGCUCACAUGUUAGGAUUCGAUGAUCCGGAAAUGCUGGAGUUUAUGAGGCUGUAUAUUUCUAUCCAUAGUGAUCAUGAAGGUGGCAAUGUUAGUUCUCACACAGCUCACUUAGUUGGUAGUUCACUAUCAGAUCCUUAUCUAGCAUUCGCAGCUGCUUUGAAUGGUUUAGCUGGCCCACUCCACGGUUUAGCCAACCAGGAAGUUCUACGAUGGAUCAGAAAUGUAGUUAAAGAGUUUGGGACUCCAAACAUAAGUACAGAACAGUUGAGCGACUACAUUCAUAAAACAUUGAACAGUGGCCAGGUUGUGCCUGGAUAUGGACAUGGGGUUUUACGUAACACAGACCCAAGAUACACUUGCCAGAGGGAGUUUGCAUUGAAGCAUUUGCCUAAUGAUCCACUUUUCCAACUGGUGUCAAAAAUAAAAGAGGUUGUGCCUCCCAUUCUGACCAAGCUAGGAAAGGUUAAAAAUCCAUGGCCUAAUGUUGAUGCUCACAGUGGAGUGCUACUGAACUACUAUGGUCUAACUGAGGAAAACUAUUAUACCGUUCUCUUUGGUGUAGCAAGGAGUAUUGGAGUUGGCCCUCAGUUGAUAUGGGACCGGGCUCUUGGAAUGCCACUUGAAAGGCCAAAAAGUGUCACAUUGGAAAAACUCGAGAAAUUGGCCGGUGCAUCAUCAUGAAAUUAAAAGCACCAUUUAUUUGUUGAUUGCUAAAAUACAUUUCGCGGUGAAUGUAAGAUGUUGUUUACUUGAAAAUUUUAGUAUGAUAUCAACGAGAUCCAUUCGUUGCCAACAGUCCCAUUCCAUUAUUUUUUUUUGGCUGUUUGUCUGCAUUUUCAGAUUUAGAAGAUUUGGGUAUUUUAGGAAAAAGGGUGGAUUAUCACCCUCACAGUUGUCUUUCCACUUUUUCCACACUGCAUAAAUUAGGUCCUGAGGGAGUAUCAGGGCAUCAUUGAUUGGGGUAAUCCCGUUGUAUUCUUUCUAAAUAUGAUUGAUUCCUUGACAAAAAAUAUAUAGUUGAGAAUAACACGAGUUUUUUGUUGAA